AUGUUGUUGGUUUUUCAGCUCUUUGAGGGCUUCGAAUGGCCUCGGGGCUUUCCGUUCGUUGGAAUCAUACUUGCAUUCAUAGUCUUUCUCUUUCGAUUGCGACACAAGCAGAAGAACGUCAAGGUACUACCCAAAAGGCCAGCAAGCGCAAAGAGAGUUGGGAAGUACUACGGCGGCGACGAUAUCAAAAGGCUGGAUUUCUCGAACGUUCAACCAUACAAGGCCGAUUUCGAUAUUGCAGAGGAGGAGCCGAUAACAUGGUGGAAAGAUGACUAUAUUUCCGACAGAAUUUAUACUGCUACCAUGGCGAUUCGCAACCUGGCCUUUGACGACUGGGUGGUAAUGGACAAGAACUUUGCGGCGCGCAUGGCCCUGAAACAACAAGUAAUCGACAAAGUUGGACCCGAUGCGCUUGACUGUCGCGAAGGAGGGCUCGAAGGCUGCAUUGAGUUGCUAGGAAUCUUGACCGAGUACCUUCCGCGACGAUUCCCUUCGGUAUUCAAGCUCUCCGAGGAUGGAUCAUGUAUUCGGAAUGAGGUCACUAAAGAGACUCACCGCGUAAUCGCGCCAUACGACAAUCACCCUCUCUAUGUUGCAGGAAGGUUGGUGGAAGAUGAUCUCAAUAUCCUCACACCAGGGCCGGGUGGCGAAUACGUCCUCAGUGCCGUUCUCUCAGCAUUCCCAGCAGGCUUCCAUGUUCGGGAGAAGAUGGGCAAACCAAUGACAGAAAUUCACAAGACGGUCCCCACGUACAAGGAGAAGCUACAAAAGGCAAUGAACAAGUAAGCUACAAAGCCGUUGGUUUUGUAAUGCCGGAGCUAACUUGUCGUAGAUACUUUGACAGUGUUGGACCUUCCAAAUUAGUGAUGCGUUUGAAUUGGUCCAUCAACGAUCACGAGGAGCUGUUUCUGGUUGAGGGAGCUCAUCUUUAUGAAAAUGAUAUCCCAGUCGUCGACAUGUCCAUUGACAUAAAUCAGGUCCAGCUUAGAGUUGAGAGGCAGGUUCUUCGAAGACUGCCGAAGUCGGGCGCAAUGUGCAUGUUAACGA